AUGUCCGCCCAGCAGAACCGCUAUCCUACCAUUCGAAUGCGCCACGAAACCAUCAUCAAGGCGUUGUACGAGAUGAUGGUGUACGAUGGUGAGGCGGCAGCCGAUAUUCCCCACGGGGCCCUCAAAGCCCUCUCUACUUCAUACUUCUUCUUCGCACCGGUGGCGCGCUCCUCCCUCUACCCCAACCUCGUUGUCUCUGGCGACCCGUCCUUGGACGUCGCACUCCCCACCCCUCAAAACACGAACCAAGGCACCAUCCGAUGGUGCCUUGGUUCGUGUUUUGAGGGGUGGGGAGUGCGACGUCCAAGGACGGGUCGCCAGAGACAACGAGGUUGGGGUAGAGGGAGGAGCGCGCCACCGGUGCGAAGAAGAAGUAUGAAGUAG